AUGACUUUCGACUUCAGAAUACUGUCAAAAGUGCGAUUAGCUCGUCAUGGACGACUCAGCUUAUCACAUUCUGAUGUCGAUACUCCCGUAUUUAUGCCAGUUGGUACACAAGGAACUAUGAAAGGUUUGCUACCGGAACAGCUGUCGAAAUUGGGAUUUCGUUUAAUGCUGUGUAAUACAUAUCAUAUGGGUCAUAGGCCUGGUCAUAAAAUUGUGCGCAAAGCCGGUGGUCUUCAUUCCUUUAUCAAUUGGCCAUAUUCGAUUCUGACUGAUUCUGGAGGCUUUCAGGCAUAUUUCUGA